ACAACGAAUCGAGAUGUGGAGUUGAAUUGCGUGUAAGUUGGGGCCGGUAUACAAGACAAAUGGUAUCAUUUUUUUUAUUUGAGUGUUUUGCGGAAAGUAAAAGGUUUCGGUGUGAACUUUUCCUAGAGGGGACGAAGGUGCUGGCUAACCACAGAUGAAAGUGACAGAGGGAUGCCAGGAGGACUCAUCAAGAAACUUCCCGUAUUGAUUAAAACAUUAAACUUUGUCGUUGGAUUCCCACCUCCCAGUGAUAUUUGCAAUAAUUCUCUUGGGAACUGGUCAAGCAAGAUUCUAGGUUUCAUUAAAUUGACCAAAGAAUAAAAGCACCAUCGGCAACCUCAAGAUACCAGAUUGCUUGUUUCACUUUAUUUUCAUUUCUGUGCUGACAUAAAAAAAAACAUGCAGCAUAUGGAUCAUGAAAGGUUGAAAAAUGUUGCUCAAGAAGGCGAUAUCGACAUGCUUUACAAUUUAAUCCAAGAGGAUCCUUAUUUGCUGGAUACAAUAGAUGCUUCACCAUUUAUUGAUACUCCUUUGCAUGUAGCAGCUUCUCGUGGAAAAGUUCAAUUUGCAAUGGAGAUUAUUAAUUUGAAGCCAUUAUUUGUUCGAAAACUUAAUCAUCAUGGUUUCACUCCUAUGCAUCUUGCUUUAUUUAACCGCAAAACCGACAUGAUUCUUCGGUUUCUUGACCAUGAAACUGAUCUUGUUCGUGUUCGAGGAAGGGAAGGUAAAACUGUUUUGCAUUAUGUAGCUGAAAAUGGUGAAGAUCAUGUUCAUCAAGAAGAGAAACUCCACCUAUUGGCUAAAUUUUUAUCAGCUUGUCCAUUGAGCAUCCGAGAUGUCACAAAUCGAAGUGAGACAGCUUUGCAUAUUGCUGUGAAGAAUCACAACCUCCGUGCUCUCGAAUUGUUACUAAAAGGAUUGCAGAGAUCUUUUAACAUCCAUGAUAUCAGAAAUAUUAUAGAGUUGAAGGAUGGGGAAGGGAACAAUGUUCUACACAUCGCAACCGCGGCUAAUCAACCCAGGGUAAUUAAGUUGUUACUCGAGAACAAAAUUGAUGUAAAUGCCAGGAAUUCAAAAGGUUUGACAGCUCUUGACAUCUCAGAUCCCCACAACAGAGAGGUUAGAGAAAGUCUGCUCCAUAGCAGAGCUUUAAGUUCUGAAUCACUUCCACAAGUUGCCAAAAACGAUAACAAUUUGAGAUCCAACAUCUCAUUCAAAGAACAUGUCAUAAUAUUUUGUAGAAGUUUUAAGAAAGAUGCAAUUAGCAGCAAUCUGUUACUAAUGGUGGUCGGAGCAAUACUGAUUUCAGCAGCUAACAAUUAUCUGGUUGCUGUAACCUCCUUGGGUGGAACUUGGCAGGACAAUAACAAGGGCCUGAGAUACGGCUUCUUUGUUUACAAUAUGGCUAACUUUUUAAGGCUUUAUCCUAUGAUUCUGUUGAUUUUUCUUCUAGCCUCGGUCUGAACAUGAGUUAGUUGCUUGGAUGGACCCUAGAUGUUUCUGUCAUCUAUUAAUGAAAUUGUAAAUUUGAUUAGCAUAUUAGAAGAAA